GCUUCUAGGAGAGCGGCGAAGUUAGGCAACUUCAACCCCGCCGGACGGGGACCCGGGCCGAAGCGAGAGGGGAAACCGACUUCCUACCUGGGCCCAGGUGAGCUCCACUGCGCAGCUCUCGGUUGCUCCGCGUCCAGGAUGGAGAGGGCCCGGGCGGCAUCCGGAGGAGACCACGCCGGGGCCGAGUUGCCAAUGGAGACCUUGGAAAACCAGGUCCCGGGGCUGGAGCGGCCGCAGGCCCCCGGGGAGGAGAGACCCAAGAGUCCCGAGAGCGUCCCGGCUCCGGCCGUGCACGAGAUGCCCGGCACGGGCCAGGGCCUCUCGGGCGGGAAGAAGCCGCCCUCGCCGCACCCCGCGCGCCUGCGGGUGCUGCCACCCAGCCUGGGCUACGGUGCCUUCCGCCGCCAGGUGUCCGCCAGCCCCGAGCCGCCGCCGUCGCCGGGCGCCACUGCGGCCGAGCAGCUCCGGGACCGCGAGGCGGAGCUGGUGCCCUGGGCCGCGCCGGGGGAGCCGGCGCCCGGCACCUGGGCGCCCGUGGAGUUGCAGGUGGACGUGCGCGUGAAGCCCGUGGGCGCGGCCGGUGGCAGCCGCACGCCCUCGCCCGCGCCCUCCACGCGCUUCAUCACGGUGCCGGUGCCCGAGUCCCCAGGCUUCUCCCGCCACGCCUCGCCUGUGUUCCCGAUCCUGCCGCUCACCGCCUCCUUGGGCAGCACGUCGGGCUGGGGCUCGCCGCUGGCCGCAGCCCGGACCGAGCACUGCCGCGACGCCGAGGGCCCGGCCGCCGCUGCCCAGUGGGGCACAAAGUCCUCGGCCUCCUCGAAGAGCCGCUGCCGCUUCAAGGAGCCGGAGGUGGAGAAGGAGGACAUCGUGCUGCUGCACCGCGCCCAGGUGGACCUGAAGCUGCACCGGGGGAUCAAGCUCGUCGGGCUGCCGAUGUACAUGAGGUCCCUGCGGUGGGCCCUGGUGGUCAUGGCAGUGCUCUUGGCGGUGUCCACGGUCGCCAUUAUAGUCCUGGCCUCUGGAACUGGAACUGGAACUGGAACAGCCAUGUGCCAGGGCUGGCUGUGGUCCGGGAAGCACUGUUACUACCUCUCUGCCGAAGCUCAGGCCUGGGAAGCCAGCCAGGUGUUCUGCUCAGCCCACAAUGCCACCCUCGCCCUGCUGAGCCACGCCCAGGACCUCCUGAGCAGAUGCCUAGCCAUCAAGCACUCCUGGGUGGGGGUCCAGAGAGGCCCCCGUGGCUGGCACUGGAUCGACAAAACCCCCCUGUCACCCCCGCUAGUCCCGAAGGAAGUGGAGGGCCAGCCGGAUCUCAGGUGCGGGGCUGUGGAUGAAGGCAAGCUCGUGGCUUUGGACUGCUCCUCUCCAAGACCCUUCGUCUGCGCCAAGGGGGCCAAGUGAUGUGGGUUGCACCUAUUCUGAGCCCGCUGGGGGUUCCCUGGAACCAGGCUCCCAGGGCUCCCUGCUCCGAGCUUAUGGGUCCCCGCCCUGAGUGAGCCCAGGGAGGUCCCAUUGCAGGAAGACCCCCUCCGGGCGGAAGGCUUUCUGCGGCCCUGGGGCCGAGUGCCCAUUUCCAUCUCCAGCUGCUGAAGAGGGACUGUUCGGAGACCUUCAGAUGUUUGGCUUCUUAGCAUUUUGAGCCUAGGUCUCUUCCUCAUUAAAAUGGCCAUUUCCCAUGCUUUCCCUUCCCUGCUUCCCUGCAAUGCACACUCCUUCCGUCCUAGAGGAACGGAUCACAGGUGCGCCCAGCCUGGGCUCUCAUCGGGCCCCUGACGUAUGCUUUGCAUCAAGAAGGGUUGUCGGCAGGGACGUUGUUGCUGUCGAUGCUGGUUCCGGGCAGCUGGCACACAGCCAACCCAGCUGACGACCGGUGUCACAGCAAGUGAGAAGCUGUGGACCCCCGGAGGAGGAGGGAGGUUGCACACUGGUGGCCAAGGCUGGCGUGACGCAGGGGAGACAGCCACCUGGGCAGGAGGAACCCAGCCUUGGCAGGUGGAAGUUCCUGCAAACACGGGGUCCCAGCGAGAAAGGAAAUAUGGAGAAACGUGCAUGGGUUCGAGGCAGCUCUUCCCACAGCUGCGGGGACGCCAGCCUGAAGGUGUCCUUGUGCUGGGGUUCGUGAAGGAUCCUUGGGGGGUGGCACCACAGGGGACUGCAGGGGCUUGUGGGGUCUCCCCAGCCUGUAGAGACCUCUCCAACAACAGGAGACUGUCUGGUGCUGAGCAUUCAACACAACUGUAGUAUAUGAACCAACUUUCUGAGUCCAGGCCACGCACCCACAUUCCCCUCGGAGACGCCUGUGACGUCCACUAAACCAGCAGCUUGUGCAGAACCUGCGGGUGCCUGGGGGAAAGACGCGGAGAGUCCAAGAGGACGAGCAAUAAAAGCCUUGGAAGCACUCAGUCUCUCUGGUGGCCUCCUCAUUCCGACUACGAGUUAGCUCCAGAGCAAGAAAACACGUCUGGUCUCAACUCCCUUCAAAGCCCUUCUCAGCAGAUGUCCUGGGUCUGGCACGUCAGGGUGGUUUAAUUAACAUCAGGAGCCCUUGGAGGCCUCCCAGCUUCAGGGACAAGUACCGUGUGUCUGGGGGACCCUGACCGGCUGUGGGGUGUGGUGCUGGGGGCUGAAAUCUGGAAGUUACUCAGCCUCCCUGGCGAAGCAGUGGAGUGGGAGAGAGGACUUACUCGUUACUGUCCCAAGUUGGCAAACCCACAAAUCAAAGCGUAAGCCUAUUUAGAAAUUUGGAGACAAAUACUAGAAGAAACAGCAAAAGUAGUGAUAAAUGGUUGCCUUAACACUACUCGAUGAUGACAGAGCAGUGGCCAGAGCUGGGAGGGGUGCCAGGGAGCAUUCCAGGGGGCCGGAAGGGGUCUGGGUGGGGCUCGGGCCACCCAUGUACAGUCACCACGCUGUUCUACUGAAGAUUAGAAAGUGAAGUCUGUCUCCAAGAACUGGAAUCAGGUUCCAGUUCUGAUUUUUUUUUUUAAUGAAAAUUGAAUAGUGGGCACAUAAUAAUCCUAGGAAUGAAGUGGGGACAUGGGGACUAUAUGAGAAAUUUAAAAUAAAUGCUGAAGUGAUGUUACAUACUAUCGCCAUCUGAUUCAUCUCCCUUCAGAGAUCCUUGGCUGUUACUUCCCCAGCCCAGCUGAGCUCCAGUGAAGAGCUUUAUCCUGAACUUCAUUGUCUAGGACUGAUUUCUUUUUCUAAAAACAUACAUCCGUUCGUAUACUCACUUAAAUCCAUAUUCACAGUUUAAGAAAACAAAACAGUCAUGCACUACUUAGGUAAGAAGAGAAAUUAGACUUUUUAAAAAAGGUCCACGAGAUUCUGACGUGUGGCACGGCUUGAGAACUACCAGCGUCGGAAACGAUGCCCGCGGCUGCCUUUCCUCCCAGCCUGUCGUCAUCCGUCACACAGCUCCAUCCUCGCUCCACGGGUCAGCCGUGCCUUCUGAGCAGGUGGCCCACUGGUAGAAAGGGCGCUGGGAGACACGCAGCAGGUUCGUCUGCACGGAACUCCUCCAGGUAAUCUUUCUAGUGCCUUCCCACCGGCACUGCCAGUUGCCGCUGUUGCAAAUUCCCAUCCGGCGAUGUCGCCAGCACACUGGCUUGCUCCGUGGGACUCUGGGGACCAAGCUCUGACACGGGCUGGCUCCGCGGCUCACAGCAGCCUCUGAGGAGAAGCUCUGGACAUCCAGUCUGUUGAACAGUCCCGUGUCAGACCUGGAACUCGCCGUCCCCCAAGUGCUGUUUCUGAUUCAGGGGGUCAGGGCCCCCAAGUGAGGUUUGUAUCGGCUUUCUUGGGGAUUCUGAUGCCGAGGGUCCAGGAACCCCAUUUUCAGAAACUCUUAACAGAGCCCAUCUUGCUACCAGGGGAAAAGCCAGUAUUUUAAAUGAACUUGGAGGUAUAAUUUGCAACAAAGAACAUAUAUCCGGUUGAGGAGCACCUGUUGACAAGUGUAGGCCCUUGUGAACCACUGCCAAUCAAGAUGUGUAAUGCCAACGCUCUAGAAAGUUCCCUCCUGUCCCUCUGUGGUCAAUCCUCUCCUCCCGGACCUCCAGCUCCAAGCUCACCUGCAUUCUGUCUUAGAUUAAGUGUAGCCUGUUCUAGGAUUUCCUAUAAGAGGAUUGCACAGUGCGUAGUGUUCGGAGUCUGUUUUUUUUUUUUUUUGGCUGAAUGGAAGGUUUUAGACUUAUUCAUGUCAGUGCAUGUAUCGGUAGGUUUUUGUGGGAAUGCAUCAGGAUUUACCUUCUCUCUAGUGGGUGAUACUAUGGUUGACCCCGCACUUGGGCUGUUAUGAAUACAGCUGCUACAAACAUUCGACUUAAAGUCCUCGUAAAACAAAAAGAAAAAAAAAAAAGUCCUCGUGUGGACAUAGGUUGUCAUCUCUCUUAGGAACCUAGGGGUUGUAUGGUCAAGAUGUUUCAUUGGUAAGAAACCGCCCACCUGUUUUCCUAAGGAGCUGUGCGUCUUACACUCCCUCCGGAAGGCGAGUUCCAGCUGCUCCGCUUCCUCGCCCUCUUGUGGUGCGGCCAGUCUCCCCGCACUCAGCCAUUCCAGCAGGUGUGUGGUGGACUCUCUGUGCGGUCUGCAUUUGCACUUUCCUGAUGACUGAUAACAUCGAGCUGCUUUCGUGAGCUCAAAGCCCAUUUGUAUGUGUUUUUUGGUGUGUGGUUCUGAUACUCAGACUGUAUUUAGAAAAACCCUGACUAAAACACCCAUGUCCACGGGGCACACUACUUUUUAAGUGAUGAUUUAAAUGGAAAAUCUAAAAUAUCCCCCAACUGUGUGAAAGCAUUUCAAAAUAGAGAAUUUAAAGUCACAUCAACACCCUCACUACCUGGAUCUAACAACAGUUAACAUUUAUGUGAAUGUAUGAAAUCGAGCCAUUUGAAGAUGUUAGGUCAGGACACUUCACCGGAAAAUCCUUCGGCACGCAGCUCCUAAAAGUCAGGAUAGUCUUCUAUGUACUUACGAUUCCACCAUUACUUAGUAAAAUUAGCAUUAACUCCAUUCAUUCAAUCCAUGUUUCCAUUUCCCCAGUUCCACUAUUUUAAACAAAAACCAGGGUUGAAGCACCGUUAUGGGUAUUUCUUUAAUCUCUCUUAACAUAGAACUUUUUUUCAGUAACAUUUCCUUUCUGAAGAGACUGGGCCAACUGCAGAGGGACAACAAGAUGCCCUGGCAGGUGCGGCUCAGGGGACUGGGUGCUGCUGGCCUGAGGACUGAGAGGUCACCAGUUCAAUUUCUGGUUGGGGCACAUGCCUGGGUUACAGGCCAGGUCCCCAGUUGGGGGCAUGAGAAAAUGUUUCUCUAGCACAUCAAGGUUUCUCUCCCUCAUUUCCCCUAAAAGUAAAUAAAUAAAAUGUUUAACUAAACAAACGAAUAAAGUGACAGCUACGCUG